AUGCGACUCAAUAAGGAGUACCACUCUAGACACCCUGAACAAGAACGCGAGAUCCGACGGCGCACAUUCUGGGCAUGUUUGCAAAUCGACCGAUUACUUGCGUUUAGCUUGGUGAAACCACGUACAUUGUCUCUCAGAAAUGUGAACAUCUCACUCCCAAGCACUGAUAUAUCCUUGGCCUAUGGGGAGAAGACUCGAGGUGUGACUCUCGAGACCCUAGCAAAUUUCAACGGAAACCCUUCGGACAUUGGUAUCCAGUCAUACUUGAUUAAAAGCAUUUGCAUAUGGAGCGACUUUGCCGAUUUCCAUGUCACCCAAGAGCGCAUGGUUUCGAAACUGCCGCCCACCGAUCCAUCUAGUCGAUUUGCUCAACUCUGCGCAUCGCUUCAAGAUUGGACUGAUAACCUACCACCUCGUAUGCAAUGGUCGGAGGAGAACUACAGAAUACAUCUUGAUCUAAACCAAGGAGCAGCGUAUAUGGCAAUACAUUGUCUUCUACAAAGCGCCUGGUGCGUUUCGCAUCAAGACUAUCUGCCACAGACAGAUGAGCAUUCAAUACUUCUCGAUUAUAUGGAUCCGGCUGGCUGGUCGUUUCUCCAUAGAGAGCAAACUCUAAUAUCGACCUGUGUAUCUCAUGCCUUGCAAGUUGGGAAAUUGAUCGAUGCCUAUCUAAGCUUUGAUCGACACCUUGAAAAUCAAGGACAGUCGAUAUUCCUUGCUCUGUCAGUUCUAUCCACCGCCAGUCCACUGCUUUGGCUGCGAUACACACAAGAUGAAUGCAGUUCUGAGGGAGACAAAGACCUUGCGGACACCUAUUUCGAGAAUUACAUACGACUAGUCAGAUCUUGGCGGGGCGCUUGGGAUAUUGCACACACCUGGUUACGACAGUUAGAAGAGAUGCGCUCGCUUUACCGCUUUGCAUACAUGGGUAUUCUUGAUGAUAGCGUGCAUAUGGAAGCUCCAUCGAGAUGUAGCAGUCCCACCAACCAAAGUCCGCAAUCACCAGAAUACCGUCCUAGUCCUGGGGACGGUUUGCCGCCAGCUACCAUCUCAAAGAAUAUCUAUUCACUUCUCCGGUUGAACAGAACAGCAAAUUUGAAUCUACGAGAGGAAUAUCAAUCAUCUAUCUGGGUCACACUUACGCAGGGUUGGCCGCAAAGCGUUGAUAUCAGUGCUUGGGAUGAAUCUAUGCAGGAGCAGGUACCAUCUGCAUCGAUGAAAUGGCAGUAA